AUGAGUUGUACCACUCUGUACGGGUACGAGCUGGUUAGCCAAAUUGAUCAGUUGGUGAUUCGAAAAAUUGCAAAUGAGAAGAUUCAGCCUGGGGGAAAUAAAAACUGGCCACAAGAAAAAACGCUAUUUAUUAUUUACUCAAAGAACAUAGCCACGUAUUCAUAUCUGCAGAUUCUUCUAAAAAAGAGUUUGUUUCUAAAUGCAGAUGUUACGUUUGUACUCGUCCGAGUACACAACGGAUCCAACGAAAAGAGCUUAAUCAAUUUCAUAAAAAAAAUAAAUACACGAGGAAAGAACACAUGGGUCAUAAUCCUCUCUCCGUUGUCUCGUCACAUAAACAAGUGUUACAUUUCUAGUUUCAUUAACGAAGAAAAGGAUGUGGACCGAUCUAACUGUGCACCCAUUUGGAAGUUACUAUUCCGUGGUAGUAGCAGUAGUAGAAGUACUUAUGGGGGAGAUGGCCAUAAUGAUGGAUACAGGACUCUGGUCCAGCCCAUCCCCUUUUCACAUGGAGCUCCGUAUUUGUUUGCACAAAGCUGCGAAGCCUUCCUGCAGUUCCUCUUUUGCAUUUUGCACCUUGGCAUGAUAAAAAAAGGAGAGUAUAUCUGGACGAACUCCACUGCGAAUGCGCCGAUUCAGAAGGAAAAGGCAGCUGAGGGAGACACGGAAAAGUUCAGUGACGCUACAGAGGGGGAUUACCCAAGCAGCGAUAACACCCUACCUAGUAACCUUUGUAGCGACAUCAAACAGAUUAGUAAUAUAAGCCCAGAAAUUAAGAAAUACCUUAGGAGUAGCACCAAAUACAACCUUCCGUGUUGCGUCCACGCUAUCCUCCUCUUCUUGAGAUAUUACCACAUACAUGUGAAGGGGAAAAGUGUGUUGAUUCUUAGUAGCAACAUAAGUAUCUACCUAUCCCUAUUUGCCUUCUUUUUUCGAAGUGACGUUUCGACCACUGUCUAUGAUCCGCUGCGGGGGGAGGUUCUGUGUAGAUACGAUGGCAGGGCCAAAAAGUGCUACCUACGAACGAGGAACAUAGGCAAGCUACACAUCAAAAACGAAGCCGAUUUUAAAAAAAAGUGCAUAAUGUUCUCCAAUUCGUAUGUAUCGGCCAGUAAGGGAUACACAAAAAUUACCCACCAAGAUUUAUCAACACUGAGGAAGAACAUGGAUAGAAGGAUUGUCAAACGUUCCGAUGUCAUAAUAAUAGCAGUAGGUUGUCCCCACAUUUUAAAAAAAAAAAAUAUUAAAGAAGGCGCAAUUAUCUUAGAUUUGGGAAUCAAUUUGGUCCCACUCCGAGGUAGGCACAUGGAAAGAUUGGUCGAACCGUUUUGUGGUUCCUCCGUCGGGAAGAAGCAAGUGGAAAUGAAAAAGAGGCCCCAAAAAGUGGAUGAAAGGAAGUUCCCUUCAAGGAAGCGACUCUUCCCGUGUGAGAAAUUCAAGAACGGGGAAAGUUCCCCAAAGUUACAAAAUUGCAUAAGCUUAGUGAAACAUAUAUGCUUAAAUUCUCCUCGAAUUGGUAAAACUGCUACAUGUGAGAAUUUCUUUGGGGAGGAAACCACCGGAGUGAUAAGAGAAGGUACUUCCCCAUCUCAGUGUUCCAACGAUUCUCUGAUUUCUCCGCCCAGUGGAGGGAUAAUGGGCGUCCACAGCAAAUGCCAUAAAAUCAUUCCUCUAAAAAGCCGAAAGUCCAAAAUUAAAUUCGCCAAUGGUUUAGCCAAGUUCUUGCAAAAUUACGAAAUUGUUGGUGACGCGGAUGCGAACUGCAAGAAGAAGUGCGCGCUCCUUUCGAGUGUGCCCGGGGGCCUGGGCCCCAUCACCACAUCCAUGCUGUUUUAUAAUUUGUACUUCAACUGA